AUGUUUCCUUCCCCUCCACAUUCUCAUGGCCGCUCUUCUGCCAGGCGGCGCUGGUGCUGGGCGGGGCCAGCGGCAUCGGCCUCGGCACAGCGGCGGAGCUGUUGCGCGCGGGGGCCAAUACCUUCACGUCAGCUUGAAGGUUUCCCCAUCCGGGUAUCUACUACUAGCGGGGCAGCGCCUCAGUUGGGAGAAGCUCUAAGCUCCCGCCUGGUCUCUCGACGUGAGUGGUAG